AUGGGAAGAAAGCGCGAACGCAAAUCGAGCCACCGCGGAGCUCCUAUGCGCAGUCAUCACUCGUCGCAAUCGUUGCAACGCUCUUUACUGCCACUGGUAACGAUGCCUCCCUUCAAGGAUGAGCAUAUCUUGCUAAUUGCGCCGGGUUCGCAAAUGACCUUGGCGCAGCUCGGCCUGCCUGAAACAUUCACGCCCGCGCGAUUUCGGUUCCCAACCCGCAUGUUCCCUGCUGAGAAGAAGGGCGAAUAUGAGCCUUACCGUGUUCACGAGAGACGUCAAGAAGUCAAGGUCAACAAUGGCACGGACGCCCCAAAGCCGGACGUGGAGAUGAAGGACGCUGAGCCCGCCGCUGCCGAUGGUACCACAGCCACAGAAACCACUAUCAAGACCGACGAAAAUACCCAGGAUAGUGGCGAUUCAACGAAGACUGUCGAAGAGGUCUUCUACGAGGAGGACCCAGCAUCCGACGAAGGGGCAAUCUAUCCGAUGGAGAACGGGCGCAUUGUCGACUGGCCCUGUUUCUUUGCCCUGCUCACUCACAUUCACAAUACCUUGAGCCCACCUUUUCACACCCCUAUUAUGCUUAUCGGUCAGCCCGUCUGGUCUGCACGCGAUCGUGAAGCAAUUACUCAAUUUGUCUUUGAGAAGUUCAAGGCACCCGCGUUUAGUCUUAUGGACUCUGCUCUUGCGGCUUGCUACGGCUAUGGUACAGCUACAGCAACUAUUGUCGAUGUUGGAAAGGGAAAGGUCGAUGUCACUGCUGUGACAGACUUCGCAGUCAACGAACACGGCAGGGGAAUCGCACUGGAGGGAUGUGGUGGAGACGCUAUGACCAAUCGUCUUGUUGAGCUGCUGGGUCCGAAGGGAUUUACCAGAGAGAUGUGCGAGCAGCUUAAGCGAAGCAAUAUUACUGAGAUUCUGCCCCCAGGAACCCCGCUGCCUGGGUCUUCUGCUACUGCGCGCCAGGGUACCAACCCUGCUGCUGCUGCAUCGACGGGCGGAUCAGAUGGAGUUGAAUCUGCUCCACGUGGCCCAGGAGACGGCACUCAGACAGGGAUAGAGGGGGAUAAUGGUGACGAAGAGGAGGGUGUUCUCGAUGUUGCUGCGAUUGUUAGCGGCAACCCCACUGAAUACCUUGCCAAUGUCGAGAAGGAAAAGACAACUACCAAGAAAGGCGCAGUUGACCCCAAGGGAGCCCGCCUACCUAACUCGAAGAAAGAGAAGGCCUCCUUUCAGUUCGAGGAGUUUGUUCAGUUGGAAGGAGAGAAGGCAGCAGCCCAUGGUGCACGGCAAUACAUCCGUCAUACUCGGGAUAUUGAAGUCAGUGUUGAGCGUUUCCUUUUAACUUCGCCGCGCUCGAAGGUCGGAAACCGCCUGACUGGUGGUAUCCUCGAAGACAUUGCGACUCAGAUUCACCACACCAUUCUUGCCGUCCCAGAUGCUACGAAACGAAGCGAGCUUUGGGACUCUUUAAUUAUCGUUGGAUGUGGAAGCAAGGUCAAGGGUUUCACACAGGCUUUGCUGGCUGUCAUCACGCAAAAGUUCAUACUUUCUCCAUCCGGCACCAUCUUCACGUCUGAAAUUCCUUCGAACUUCACCACCCCCCUUCCGACCGGUGCCAACACACCAGCUCCUAUGGGUCAACCCGCCCCGAUGUACCACCCCGCGGCACCUGGAGUAAACCCUCUCCUUGUGGCUGCUACUCACAACAAUCCCGGUAUGCCCGGUGGUAUGCCUGGCACGCCGUCCAUGGACCCAAGCAUGAUGUCACAGUACCGUUCAACCGGCCAUUCGCAAACUCCAACCUCAGUCAAGACUCUGAAGCUUCCUGAGUAUUUCCCAGACUUCAAGGACCAAGGCAACAGUAACGCUCCUGGUGCCAGCGCUGGGGGUACCCCAGGCGCGCCCGGCACAUCCCAAGGGGGCCAUGGAAUGGAAGAGGCUGUUUUCCUCGGCGCCCAGAUGGCUGCCAAGGUCUUCUUUGUGAUUGAUCAGGGUCUCAGUAAGGGUUACAUGAGCCGGGUUGAGUACAACGAGAGCGGACCGUCUGCAAUCCACGAGUACAUCCUGUAA